AUGUUACCAUCAUUGAUCACAAUCGUGGCCAAUAUUGUAUGUGUUUUACGUAUUCUUAAUGUCAAAAUUCGUAGUAGUCUAUGUUUAUUACCAAGUCGUCGACGUAUUGAUGAGACACGACGUAUUCUGACAAUAAUUACAAUUGAAUGUAUUGUAGCCAUAAUAAACUGUUGGUUUAUCGAUGUUUUAUUAAGUUUUAUAUAUUGUAAAAGAAAUUUAUUUAUUGGAUUUGAUUGUCCAUUAUUAGUGAGAAAAUAUUAUGAUUUAGUUAUUAUAUUAGAUUUUUUAAAUUCUACAACAAAUAUUCUGUUAUAUUGUCUACUUAGUCAAACAUUUCGAAAAGAAUUAUUUCAAAUGUUACGUACAUUAUUUCAAUGUGGUUGUCGAAUUAAACAAGAUUUAUUUGUCAAAGAAAAACAAAAUUUAAGAUGUGAAUAUCAUUUUCGUACGAAAAGACGAAAAUUAAUUAAGAAAACAAUAAAAAAGAAAUCAAAUGAGACAGUCUCAUUUUCAAAACAGUAUUAUAUUGAAUUUAAAACCAAAACAAGUUGUUAA